CACUUUUGUCCCUGUGCAUUCCGAUUGGACGAUAAAGGGCUCAGAAAAACAGACUACGCCAUAUUUGCAGUUCAACAGCGAGACCUACUCCAUGCGAAAAUGUACAAAUAAGUUUCUUCUCUGACAUUCGCGUUUGAAGACUGCUCAAACCGGUGCUAUGGAAGACGUGGCAGAGGUAGACGUUGUCGGUGGCACGUCGGGUUCCAGUGCUACCGGCCUCCGGAGCCGACCGGGCUCCAGCGAGAGGGACGCUCAGGUGCGGGCGGUCAAAGCGGCGCUGCAGUCCCGACUGGGGCCCUCCGAGCCGCUGCUCACCUACCUGCAGUCGGUGCUGGUGUGGGAAAGACCCUUCCAGUGUCUGCUGCUCUAUGUGCUGGUCAACGUUGUGUUUUGGUUCUUUGCGCUGACGUCUCUGCGUCUGUUGUUCCUGCUGGCGUCCGGCCUGGCCGUGGUGGUCUGCGUCGACAUAUGGAGGAACAAGAUCUGGCCCAAGCUCAGAGUCAGAAACCAGGAUGAAUCUGAAAGCGAGAGUUGGGGCCUGGUACAGCCCGGCAUCCUCAGCGUACCCGAGUUGUGCCACCACGUGGCCGAGGCCUGGGUCAGCGCCGUCGUGCUUGCGUCCAACCUGGCGCACUUCAAACGAGUCAACCCCGGCAGGUUUUGCAUCCUGACGAGCUGCCUCUUCUUCUCUUUGGCCGUGAUUGGACGUUACGUUCCCGGGUUGUUGCUCUCCUACUCGGCUGUGAUGCUGACCCUCCUGGCCCCUCUGGCGGCUUACCACAGGGUCUUUCAGCGCGUCUUUGUGAAGCUGGAGCCGGUCCUGCAGCGGCUGGACUUCAGCGUUUGCGGCUACAUGAUGUCCAAGCCACUGGACAACCAGUUCCUGCGCAUGCCUCUGCACGGUGUCCUCUCAGCUGAUGGCAGCGACAGCGAGGAGGAGCUGGCAGCCUUCUGUCCUACGUUUGACGACGGCGUUGUGGCAAAGGAACUCGCCAUGACCGACUCGGAGCACUCCGACGCUGAGAUUUCCUACACCGACAAUGGGACAUUUAACCUAUCACGAGGCCAGACUCCGCUGACCGAGGGCUCCGAGGAUCUGGACCGACACAGUGAUCCAGAGGAAUCUUUUGCUCAGGAUCUCCCGGACUUCCCUUCCAUCAACCCAGACGCCACUUUGAUGGACGACGACGAUGACACCAGCAUCGGGCUGCCCAGCCUGGCUCUGUCCGGGCUACAAAGUCCCCGCGCCUCUGUACUGGAUGUCGACGCUCAUCUGGACUCGGAUCAGGAGGACCUAGACGCCGAAAUGUCCCUCAGCGGCCUGCCGCCCGCCUCCGACUUCAUGGGCGACAUCGCCAGCACCAUGAUCCGGGCGGCGCUGGUCAGCUCCAUGCAGCCUCGGCGACCCUCCGGCCAGCGCAGUCAAGCCUCCCGCAGGGCGGGAGCGCACCGCAGUUUUCGCAAGCAGUCCAGCUCGGAGCUGGACACGGACUUUGAUGUGGAGGACUUUGAGAUGCUGGAUCAGUCCGAACUGAGCCAGAUGGACCCCGUUGUAGAAGGGCAACGGCGAGAGAGUCAGGGCUCCAACUUUCUGUCCAGCCUGCUUGGUAAACCACAGUAAAAACAACAACCAAGUUCAACUUUUAAUGAGCGUGUUGGCAUUUUAGACAGUAGGUAAAAUGUUCGUGUUUGAUUCUUGCCCAGGUCAGCAUCACUUUUGUUACUGUGAAUAUGUUAUGGAACACCCAAUCGGAUUGGUAAGAUAAUGAAUCACCAGCAUUUUUUUAUUUUUUUUUGGGCUUUUGCCAAGUCUCAGUAGAAACUCACACCAC